AGGACGCCAACGAGUACCGCCCAACGCUACAGAAGCGCCACCACAGCAGCGUCGCCCAAGCCCAGCAACCGGAGCAACAAGCAGCGCCAUGGACCAGCAGCAGCAGCAGCAGCAAGCUCCCCUCGAACCCAUCGACCACGACGCCGCGGCGGCCGCGGCAGCCGAGAUCGGCGUCAAAUACGUCUGUGGCGACUGCGGCGGCGAGAACGUCAUCAAAGCUCGAGACGCCGUGCGCUGCCGCUUCUGCGGCUACCGCAUCCUCUACAAGAUCCGCACGAAGCGCCUCAUCCAGUUCGAGGCCCGCUGAUGGAGCUGCUGUUUCUCGGCACGUCGGCGGGCGCGCCGUCGGCCUCGAGAAACGUCCAGAGCUGCGCCGUGCGCCUGGAGAGCGGCGAGUACGUCGUCGUCGACUGUGGAGAAGGCACGCAGCAGCAACUGCUCAAGGCCUCACGGGCCAAGAGCUUCCGGCCGAGCCGCACAAAUUUAAUUCUCGUCACGCAUUUGCACGGCGACCACUCCUUCGGCCUGCCCGGGCUGGUUGUUUAUUUGGACAACGCCGCGACCGAGAAGGCGCCGCCGCUACAGAUCGUCGGCCCUGUGGGCGUCGCUGCCUUCCUGCGGACGGCACUCAUCCUGUCGCGGACGGAGCUGAAGCGCGGCUACCGCGUGACGGAAUUGGCGACCCCGGCGCCCACAGGCGGCGGGGCGUACGAGGGGGCUGCUCUAUGCACGACCGCGCCGCCGGUCCUCCAUCCGGACGAGCGCGCCGUCAGCGAGGUCCUGGCCCCGAAUGAUGAUGGCAUGUUCGCCCUCGAGCUGCUGACUGGCUGUUCGCUCACCGCGGCCCCUUUGGCGCACGGCUCCAUCGCCUGCGUCGGCUACCGCCUCCAGGAGGCGGACGCGCCCGGCUCCAUCGACGCGCAGCGCGCCGCCGCCGAAGCCGAGAGAGCCGGCGACGACGCGCGCCGCAUCUGCCGCGCGCUGCGGGAGUGCUCUCUGAAUAACACGGAGCGCUUGACGCUCGCGGACGGCUCCGAGCUCAGUGUCGCGGACGGCUUCGUCGGCGCCGUGACGAGGCGCGGCCGCGCCGUCGUCGUGCUUGGCGACUGCUGCCACGCCGGCGGCGUCUGUUCUGACGCGACGCGGCGGCUGGUCGAGGACGCCGAUGUCCUGGUCCACGAGGCCACUUUAGAUGAUGCGUUCGCGGCGCUGGCGCUGGAGCGGGGGCACUCGACGCCCGCCGACGCCGCGCGCGUCGCGGCCCGCGCCGGCACGUCGCACCUUGUGCUCUGGCACUUCUCGCCGCGCUACCGGAACGACGACGCGUUCCGGACGACUUUCACCGACGCCGUCCGGGCGCACUUCGGCGGCGCGCUGACGCUCGCCUUGGACUUUGACCGCGUCGCGGUGCCGCGCGAAAAGAAGGUGCUGCCUCCGGCGGCGCCGCCACCAUGACGGAGUAAUGUGGUGGACUUACUAGUAGC